CGGCGCCAGAGCUACCCAUAUCAGCCUGACCUCCAUCCUAGGACGGUCGCGGACCCUCGCACGAUCCUGACUCCGCCUCCGAGACACCGACCGCCCUGCGCACUCUCCGCACCUUUCACUCAACUACCCCAUUGUAUCUUGCCCAAGAUGAUGUGGGAUUUUGGAGACCAUACCUAUACCCCUGGGCAGCCCGAACAGCGGCCGCGCUCGGUUGGAUACCCGCCACAACAAAGUCCAUACCCUCCUGCUGUAAAUUACGAUGACGCGACCCCAUUCAUGCCGCUAAUUCGACAAACGCCAUCCCAUGGCUCAUCACAUACAUCUAGUAGCACGAGCUCGCAUGGGAUGCCACAGCCUACUCCGAGCUCGUUCCCUCCCGGAGGCGUGCCGCGGUCUCCGGUGGAGAUCAACGUGGAGUACUCUUCUCGUAACGGGCACUCCGGGCAUGUACACCACACGCACCAUCAUUCACAUCACCCGAACCAGCCGCAGGUGCAAGUGGCUCAGCAGCCGCAAGCGCACAGACACGAGCAUGCGAGCCAUCCCCAACACCAUGUCUCUUCGCAACAGCAGCACCACGCGCCCGUCGAGAUGCCCUCGCCGCACUUUGAGUACUCCAAGUGCACGGGCCGCAAGAAAGCGCUCUGUGUCGGCGUCAACUACAUCGGCAUGGAAGAACAGCUCAGUGGGUGCGUCAACGACGCAAAGAAUGUCCGGAGCUUCCUCAUCCGCCAUUGCGGGUAUAAGGCAGAGGACAUUGUCCUCCUCACCGACGACGCCACGAACCCGCGCCAACUUCCAACGCGUCAGAACAUGAUCGACGGGAUGAAGUGGCUCGUGCGGAGUGCGCACAAGCACGAUUCGCUCUUCUUCCACUACUCGGGACACGGCUCGCAGGUCAAAGACCGCGAUGGAGAUGAACUUGAUGGGUAUGACGAAGUCAUUCUGCCUGUUGAUUUCCGCAAGUCUGGGAUCAUUGUCGAUGAUCUCAUGAAUGAAAUUAUGGUCAAGCCGCUGCCUACCGGCUGUCGUCUGACGGCCCUGUUUGACUCCUGCCACUCUGGCACCGCACUCGACCUGCCCUUCAUUUACCACAGCAACGGACGCCUCAAGGGCUCAGCUAUCGCGCGUAAGCAUGAGACCGCGAAGAUGUCUAGUGCCGACGUCAUCUCUUUCAGCGGCUGCACAGACUCGCAGUCGAGUGCCGACACGUGGGAGGGCGGCGCUGCUGCGGGCGCAAUGUCCUACGCCUUCAUGGAGUCGUUCCGCGAGAACCCGAACCAGACGUACCAGGAACUCCUCAUCUCUGUCCGCAAGGUCCUCAAAAACAAGUACAAUCAGAAGCCGCAGCUGUCGAGCUCGCACAAGAUCGAUACACGCUUGCAGUUUAUCUUGUAAGGAUGGGUAUCCUGGUACGACGGACAACCUAUAACCCACUUGAGUAAAGGGCGUAUUUAUUACUUCGUAAUGCCCC